GCUGCCCGUUGCGUAAACCAGCACACACCGCUAACCACAGGAAAACAAACUGCUCAUAGGGAGUGGUAUAAGGAGAGGGGGAAAGGCAGAGGAGAGGUAUUCGAACCUAUGGAUUCUGCAGUUGAGAAACACUGUGUGGAGCUUGUCGCCCUUGAGCGAAGUGGCCACACAGCUGUAGUAGAGGGGAGUACUCUGUAUGUCUGGGGAGGAUACAUGUCGACCGCUGGCAGUGACGUUUUCCUACCCAGUGAUGAAAUCUGGUUGUAUGACUUAGACAGAGGUGUAUGGGAAAUGUGUCAAAUGUCAGGAGAGGUCCCGCCCCCUAUGUCAGGCACCUGUAGCUGCUUUCUGAAUGGUCACAUGUACAUAUUCGGGGGAUAUGAUGACAGCGGACAGACCAAUCAGCUUUGCUGUGUCAACCUCCUGGAUGGGGACUACAGUUGGAGGAGAGUGAAAGCUGAGCGCGGCUCCCCUCCUUCACCCAGAGAUAAGCUGUGCUGCUGGGUUUACAACAACAGGGUCACCUACUUUGGUGGAUAUGGUCACAAGACACUUGAUGACAUCAUGGAUGACAAAAGCUUCAUCAUGGACACGGCAUCAUUGGAGCAGAACGUUGGUUGGGGAUGGAACAAUGAAGUCCAUGUUUUUGACACAACACUAGCCAGCUGGAGAGAACCACAGAGCUCUGGUCGUGCUCCUGCCCCCAGAGCUGCCCAUGCAGGUGCAACGAUUGGUCAUAAAGGGUAUGUCUAUGGGGGGAGAGUACUGGAAACCGCACCAAGUGACAUUCAUUGUCUAGAUCUGAAAUCAUGGACAUGGUCUGAAGUAGUGGCAGCAUCCAAUGUGCCAGGCGGAAGGUCGUGGCACAGCCUCACUGCAGUAUCUGACAGCACUUUGUUUCUAUUUGGUGGACUGAGUGUUGACUGCAAACCAAUGAGUGAUAGAUGGGUUUUAGAUGUUGAUACAAAGACAUGGAGGGAGUUUGAACAUCCAAACAACAACAAACCAAGGUUGUGGCACACAGCAAGCCAAGCAAAGGACUCUGAUGUCAUUGUGUUUGGGGGUAGUUGUGACUACAUCCUCCAAGUAGGAACGUAUGAGAAUUUGACGGGCCACAGCAACAAUGCACUUGUUUUCCAGACCCAGCCUUAUCCCCUCUUUCGGAUAUGUGUGGACUGCAUAGCAAAGAAUGUGAAGAACUGCAAGAUGCUUCAAAACCAGUUUCCAUCUCUGCCCCGGAAGCUACUGCAAGCUGUACAGAGGAGAACGUCUAGAAAAAUAUAAUACAUACAGUGCAUUGGGAAAGUAUUCAGACCCCUUGGC